GGCCGGGGGUUGUCCUGACUCUGCGCCGGCCUUGCGGCCAUUUUGAGCUUCGCUUCCAGCCGCGCCCGCCGCCUCCUUAUCCCUUCCGGUGUCGCGCUGUGCGGGGGUUUUUUUUUAGCCGGCCGUCUCUUGGAAGAGUCAUCGCCGCCGCCGCCGUGGGAGCUCUCCUACCUAUGCUGUCGAGGCCCCGCGCGCACUAGGACGCCUCGUCCCCGCCAGCAUGGCCGCCGCCCCCGCCUGCGCUGGCCGCCCGGCUCUGUGCUCUGCCUCUCGCGGCCGAGGCCGCCGCCCUCUGUGGCCCCUCUGCAGGCGCGGGGCUCGGCCUGGACCACCCACUCCGCCUCGGGGCGAGGCCGGGCCUGUGUAGACCUCUUCGGAUCCCGACUCGCGUCGAUCUCCAGCCGCGCAGCUGCCCGAGAGAGUGCCGAGAAGAUGGAGGUGGAGCGGGGGCCGCGGCCCGGGCCUCGGGCGCGCGCCUGGUUCCGGCUGCCCUCCCUCCUCCCGUGGCGGCCGCGGCCGGCGCCGUCCGAGUCGCUGACGCCCGCGCCCGAGGGCUGCGGGGACCGCACGCCGCCGCCCGGCACCUGGGCCAAGCUGCUCGCCCAGCUGCUCGCGCCCCUGCCCGGCCUGCUUCACCGACUGCUGCUUUGGAGCCAGCUUUUCGGGGCUCUGAUUCCGACCCGCUGGCUGGGGCUGGCCGGCGGCUACAGCGCCCUGAGAACCUGGAGGGGGCGAGAGGAGCCGGCCGCCCCGUCGGCGCAGAAGCCCUUGGCCCCGGCGGAGAGCGCGGUCGCCAGCGCCCUGGACUGGCUGGAGGAGGGGCUGCACUGGCGGUGCUCCUCUGCCCUAGACUUGGAACUCAAGGCCAAGGGCGCUGCGUUGGACCCCGGCGCGCACACCUUGCUCCUGGAGCAGCGGCUGUGGGGCGUCGACCUGCUGCCCAGCGGCCUCCAGGCCCGUGUGUUCGCUGACCGGCAUCUUGGCUCUUCGCCCUGCGGGCCGCUGAGCGUCGAGCGCUUGGGCAAUAUCAGCGUGGUCUCCUACGUGGUGAGCCCCUCCUGCCUGGACUGCCUGCCCCUGCUAGAGGUCGGCUGCCGGGGCAGCGGCGGAGGUGGCGAGCUGGUGGAUUUCCAGACCCUGGCUGCAGAGAGCGGCUGCCUUCCGGAGGACCCGGGCCGGCCCCAGCCGCUGAGUGCGGAGCCCCCGUCCACGGAAGGCCUGCCCGAGAUCCACCAUCUUCGCAUGAAGCGGCUGGAGUUCCUGCAGCAGGCCGGCAAGGGGCAGGAGCUGCCCACCCCCGACCAAGACCACGGCUACCACAGCCUGGAGGAGGAGCACAGCCUUCUGCGGCUGGACCCGAAGCCCCGCAGAGAGGACGCUGGCCCCCCUGCCGGGGGAUCCGACCCUGGGACCUCCCAGGAGCCCGCCGAGGGAGAAGUAGAACUGCUGACUGACGGGGACGCGGCGGCUCCGGGCAGCUGGCCCGCUCGGGAGGUGCCGGGGGAGGCCCACACGGGCGCCGCCGACUCCUCGGACGGAGAGGAGCUGCCCCCCUCUGCCAGGCCGGCCUGUAGUAACAAACUGAUAGAUUACAUUUUGGGAGGUGCCUCCAGCGACGGGGAGACGAGCUCUGACUCGGAGGGUGAGGGCUGGGACGAGGAGGCCGAGGACGAUGGCUUUGACAGUGACAGCUCGCUGUCCGACUCGGACCUCGAGCAGGACCCGGAGGGGCUUCACCUCUGGAACUCCUUCUUCAGCGUAGAUCCCUACAGCCUGCAGAACUUCACGGCCACGAUUCAGACUGCCGCCAGAGCGGUCCCCGCGGCCCCUUCGGAUUCCGAGCCGGAUCCGGCGGACGAGUCGGAUCGGGCGAGUUCGCCCCAGCUGGGAGGCCCCCCCGAGACCCCCGACUCGCACUCUGGGGAGGAGGAGGAGGACUGGGAGGACUGGGGCUCGAGUGCAGAUGAGGCCGAGAGCCUCAAACUGUGGAACUCCUUCUGUCAUUCCGAUGACCCCUACAACCUGCUUAAUUUUAGGGCUCCCUUCCAGACGUCAGGGAAACAGGGGAAGGGCUGUCAGGACUUGAAGAGACCGCCUGAGCCCACGGUGGCCAUCGCUGGGGGUCGCGCCUUGCUUUCUGGUGGGGUGCACCAGGCAGGGAGCCCAGGAAGUGAGUGUCCAGGCCUGGGACAGCGCAGGAGUCUUUCUGGAGAGAGGCACGCACACAGCAAAAGGAAAAAGGUGACCUUCCUGGAAGAAGUUACUGAGUAUUACAUAAGUGGUGAUGAGGAUCGCAAAGGACCAUGGGAAGAAUUCGCAAGGGAUGGAUGCAGAUUCCAGAAACGAAUCCAAGAAACAGAAGAUGCUAUUGGCUAUUGCUUGACGUUGGAGCACAGACAGCGAGUCUUUGACAGGCUCCAGGAAACAUGCUUCGAAAGACUUUACGUUUCUGGGCAGUGCUGAGAUGAGCUGACAGCCUGGAGCCUAACAUUCUCUACCUCUUACUCCAGAGGUUCUUUAAAACAAACAUUGGCAGCUGUCCUUCCACAUUCUUUAGAGGAUAUGUAAUUUGGAUCCAGUGAUCUAGUUUAAUUGUUAUUUUUUUGCAGCAAAUCCCGUCAGACACCCAGGUUUGAAUUCAGCCCUAAUAAUAAAGGAAGUACAGUUUUUAAUCCGCCCUCUCCUUUGCUUGCUUGAAGUACAAAGGGGACCUUUUGCGUUACAAUUUUGCACUUUCAGAACUUAUUUCCAAGGGAAAUAAUAUUUAUAGGGCUUAAAGCCCAUUUUUGGUUCUAAUUUAAAUUACAUAUACCUGUCUAAGAACUUUGAGCUUGCUAUUACUUUGGUUUUGUUUGUUUUUUCCCCAACAUUCUGAAAUUAUGGACUUUUACGUGUGGUUUUUUUUUUUCUUUUUUUCUUUUUGUAUCUUUUUAAAAUUUCAGUGAUGCGGCCUGUGUAUAUUAAGGCUAAAAUAAUCUUGUGUAUGUUAUCAGCUUAAAGGACAUGAUCUUGUAUCACUUCUGUUUUUCUUUAAAACUGGCUUUGGAUCAAAGUGGGCAGUGUCUUUGUCUCUGUUAAGCCCGGCUCUGCAGACCCCUCUGCUCUGGGAGGCUGUAGCUUUCUGCCAGAUUGUGAGCACUGACGGUGGCUCUGCCCAGACCCUGAGAGGGAGCGCCGCGGUUGAAUGUGGCUCCUUGUAUCUUUCAGCAGGUAGCAGUGUACAGCCUCUUCAGAGUGGUGACUGUCGUAGGCGUUGAUUUUCUAGAUGUCACAGCCUAGCAUCUUCCUGGGAAGCAGGGAGGCGGCAUCUCCGCGUCCUCUGGUUUUGUUGUCUGCGCUCCGCAGGGACCCAGUGUUAGUAGUUUCGUGCCUCAGCACUGUCACUUUUAGAACCUGUCAGGUGACACUAAACUUGGAAAUGGGCAGUUCUGAAUUUUCAAAUUCGAAAUGUAAAAUAGAAACUUCCAUCAGUAUCCAGGUUUAUUGUGUUCUGCUACGUUAAUAAAGAAAAAUAAUGGCCAAGCCUGUAUUUCCCGAGAUAGGGAUUUACCACCUAGAAAGGCCUGGCACCUCUAGCCCAGGGCUGCUCUGGGCCAGAGUGUUUGCAGGGUGCCUGCUCCGCGCAGUGAGCGCUACACGGCGGGCCCCUCCGACAGGGAGUGUUGGCCACGGCUGUAAGGGGCUGCUUCUGUCUACCAGGGAUACCAGAAAACAAGCAGAAUAGGUGAGCUCUUCAUCUCGAACUUAGGUGGGGGUGAAGUUUGCCUCUGGGUGCUUGCGGGGUUCCUACCUCAGUGUGUAAUCUACCUGGUCUUCGUUACCUGUCUGGUUCACCCUGAAGACUGCCUCCGGUGCUCAUGUGUGGAUUCACGUGGAGCACGCUGGGAGUACAGCACGCUCACGGUUGGAAUCUGCAGGGCCUGCGGCCGUAGCGUGCGAGCAGGCCGGAGUCAAGCCCGGCCGCGGCCCCUGGAAGGCAGCAGCCUCCACGUGGACAGCAGCCUUUGGCACCGUGUGGGCACUGUUGUAAAACCAGGCUGCAGCAUGCUGUUUUAUUUCGGGGGCGCAGGUUUUGUUUUUGCGUUUAUGAAGUGUGGCCCCCCUGCACGUUUGAAGGUGAUGGGGCAUCUUCCCUGGGGACGGCAGCCUCGCAGCCCGGCGAGUGCAGGCGUCAUUCAGCAUUCUCGCGUAUCCCACGCUCCCGUGGAAGCGAGCAGACGGUGAUGAGAAAGACCAUCUUAAAAUUAGGCUGAAGCAGAAAAUCAGAAUUCUCGGCAGUUCCGUCCCAAUCUCGUCUGUUGUGGGAACACUAGAAGGAAAUCCUGGGGCUCCUAACUAAACCUUCCACGUUUCAAGUCUUGUACUGGUGCUCUGAGUGUCACUGUAGCGUGUGAAAGGCUGUGUCCAGACAGAACGUCCACUUGGGAGUGCUGAGGUGUGAGAACACCUCUCUUCAUCUCUAACUUGAAAUCAAACUGUCAGAUUGUAUUUUUUUAUAAUUUAAGGAAGGUGAAGCUGGGCAAUGAGGAGACUUCUAAAUCGGCUUCUUCAGAUCCAGUGAUUUACACAUAACCAGUUGGGAUUUUGUAGCUAAAGUUCUAUUUGUGUAUAUAACUUAACUAAUCUGUAAAUGGUAAUAAAUAUAUUUGCAAUUAAGUGUUA